CUUGAAGGUUUGAAGAGCCGCUACCGCCGAGUCGUUGUGUGUGUCACCAGCAGCCAGACUCCGUUCCUUUCCUCCUCGAUUUCACUUUCGCCGUUCCGCGCUCAGCACAUUUUCCUUGGCGCCCAUUGAUUUGUGGCGAAUGCAAUAGUGCUUUCGUCGGGGUUGUCAUCACAUAGAGCAAGAAGAAUGUCACGGAAGUCUUCUGCGUCGACUUCUGAUGAGAAUCUCGGUCAGCGCACUGUCGCGACAUCUGUGAUUCGGGACACGGGUACUAAGGUGCAAUUAAUGUUCAAAGCUCAUGGUCUCAAAAAACGGAAAAGUCUGUUCAACACCAUUGUCACCGUCUUCAAAAAAGUUUGCCUGAAUGCAUCAUCUUUGCAGCCUAGCACUCCAUCACGAUUGUUAUCGAAUGGAAAGUUUACAAAGUUCGACCUGAGGCCUCACUCCAUCUCCUUCAUCCUAGAAGUGCAAACGGAAAAGAAGUUGAAAAAGGGGAACAACAAUCGAGUAGAGACAUUUGCUUGUGAAAUCAAGCAGUUUCCCACAUCAGUAAAUCCAGACAGUGCCGAGUUCGAGGUGCUUGAACCGGCAAGCGGGGAAUGCUUCAUCUUGUUAUCCCUUAUCAAAAUGGAUAACCUAGCAGUAAAUUGGAAGGAGUUCCUUGAAAGUAAUGGUACCCUUGACGUAACUUGCAUCUGAAAGACGCAAAAAAUGCAUACAGUAAUGAUACUGAGGUAUGAAAUAGCUAUUCCACUGCUCCCUCAGCCAAUAUCGCUCAUUUAAAAAAUAGCUUUUUCUCAUAUUGAAUGGCUUACCCGUAAGCUGAAUUCAUCUUGUAGUAAUUCAUGUGCUCUUUUUCCCUCUGUGAAAAUAUGGUGUAUAAUAAUGUGAAAAUGUGUCAAUCAAUAAAGCUGUCCACUUGUGCGCUUUUCUCUUUUUAUCAAUUGAUAUAUCAUUUUACUUCAAGC